AUGGACGCAGAUGGCUCCCCCGUGCUCGAGCCCCUGCUGGGAGGCCGCGGAUCGCAACGUCCCAAAAAGCGCGGGUGUUUCAGAAGCGCAUGGGGAUCUGCGGCGAAAUUCUGGCUGGCGACGUGGGAAUUCUUUACAUUCAGCUGGAUCAACCCUGUGCUGAGGUUGGGAGCGAAAAAGGCACUGACGACCGACAGCGCCCUGCCGCUUUUGCCGGAAGGCGAGAAGAUGGCCGCAUUGGCGCCCAAAUUCGAUCAAGCGUACCAACGGCGCAAAGCUACCAUCUCUGGCGAUCCAGAAACUAUGCCUGGCAUGCUGCUCAGCGUCCUUCUGUGCACUCACUGGCUGGCCUUGGCGCAACAAAUGGGCUGGAUCGUUGGGAAAACAACAGCAAGAUUGAUGUCACCGUUCUUUUUGCGUGCAUUUCUGCUGUGGCUAGAAAAUGGAGACGGAUCAGAUGGUACAUCAGGCUCGGGACAGUGGAAUGGAGUGGUGUUUGGGGUGGCAUUGGUGACAGCCUCUGCUGUUGAUGGGCUCAUGUUUCAUCAGCUGUGGUGGAUUGGCUGGAAACUGGGUUUUCGUAUGCGGCAGCAGUGCAUGGCUUCCAUCCAUGCCAAAGUUAUGCGCCUCAACAGCUCAACGAUCACAAGAGUGAGCACAGGGCGGGUCGUGAAUCUUGUCAGCAACGAUAUUGGUCGAUUUGAUUUCACAGCCAUUCUGUGGCAGUACUCAUGGCUGGGCCCUUUGGAGCUGGUGAUCGUUUUGGUGUUGGUGGGGUUGGAGGUUGGGUUCCUGCCAGCCGUGUGUGGAGUGGGAGCCUUUGCUUUGAUGAUACCUAUGCAGGCUGUUUUCGGCAGGUGCCUCGGAAAACUGAGGAGCAAGUCAACUGCCCUCACUGACAAGCGCAUAACCCUCAUCGGCGAGGUGAUCUCUGGCACCCUUGCAGUGAAAAUGCUGGGAUUGGAGGAUCCUUUCUUCAGGAAGAUCAGGGAGGUGCGGUCGCAGGAGGGAAACAUCCUGUGCCGGAGGGGCAUGUUCAUCGGUGCUAACGAAGGGAUGCACUUCUUCACCACUACACUGGCAGGCUUUGUGACUUUUGCGGUGAUGUGGGCUCUUGGGAGAACCCUCAGAGUGUCCAGCGUCUUUUUCACCUUGUCGCUGCUUUACCUGCCAGACCUGGACAUGGCGAUAUUCUUCUCUCUGAGUAUCGAGAGGUGCAGUGAGCUUUGGAUAUCAUUGGUGCGUAUCAGUCGAUUCCUUUGUCUCCCGGAGCCUUCUGAAAUGAUCCAACAGACUGACAUACCUGUCGGAGCCAUCAAGAUCGAUGGCGUGGACUUCUCCUGGCCAUCUAAUUCUGCAGAGGAAGGCCAAGAACAGAGAAGCCAGCUUGAGGAGGGCAACAGAGGAUUCAAAGAUCCAUCGGAGGAUUCGUUGGGCUCCUUUUCGGGGGUGUCAAUGAACACCGAGACUCCCACUCUGCGACAAGUACGACUGUCAGUAUGUCCUGGUGAACUCAUAGGAAUAGCAGGUGCAGUGGGUGCCGGGAAGAGUUCGUUGUUGGCUGCCCUCCUGGGAGAGAUGCAAGAUGGAGCGGGAGGAUCUGGACGGGCAGAACUAGCAGGUUCUGUGGCAUUUUGCGACCAGGUACCAUGGAUCCUGGCUGGAACAGUUCGAGAGAACAUCCUGUUUGGAGCGACAUUCAAUGAAGCAGACUUUUGGAAUGUUGUGGAUGCCUGCUGCCUGUCGCCAGACUUCCAACAGCUUCCUGCAAGAGAGAUGACGCAGCUUGGCGACCAGGGAGUGAACCUGUCAGGCGGGCAAAAGGCGCGUGUCGCACUUGCCAGAGCUGCAUACUCAAGGGCUGACAUUCAGCUUUUGGAUGACCCCUUGAGUGCCGUGGACCCCCACGUGGCACAGGAACUGUUUGACAAGUGCAUUGGCCCUGGCGGGCUAAUGGAGGGCUCCACCAGACUGCUUGUUACACACCAGAGGCAGUUUCUCCCACUAUGUGACAGAGUGAUCGUCCUGAGGUGUGGGGAGAUAGUGGCAAAUGGUCCUUGGAGGGAUCUUCAGAAUCAGGGCUUUGAUGAGUUGAAGAGCACAACAGACCUACAGCAGUUAGCCCACCCUCAGAGAACCCUGAGCAUCGAGGAAACACUUGAGAGCGUGGGGGGUGACAUGGAGACGGAUGGCAAUAAUGGCAGGGCAAGAAUACCUGGAAAUGGGGACCAAAGGGAGUCCAUGGAUGACAGACAAGACAGUGAAAAGUGCCAAGAAAGGGCGGAGAGCGCUGCCGGCAAAGCUGGAGACGUCCACAUGAACAAAGACGAGCCUGCAAAAGAUUCCGUAAAGAGCGGGACUCUUGUCGUCGAAGAGGAUCAAGAGGUCGGGGUCGUGUCUUGGUCUGUGUACUGGCGUUUUGUGGUUCACAUCGGGGUGGCGCUUACGGCCAUCUACGUCCUCAUUGUUGCCUUCAAAGAAAUUUUGUAUCUAGCACCCAACUUGCUGCUCACACGUUGGGCUUCAGUCGAUGCAGAAGAUCAGAGGGACAGCAGGUGGGUGGUCACCUAUGGUGCCCUUGUCGCCAGCAUGAUGGCUGUUGGGCUGUUUGUCGGACUUACGGAGUUCGUGGCCCAAGUACAUGCAAGCACCAGGCUGCACAACGCCAUGGCCGCGCGGGUCUUGCGUGCACCACUCAGUUUCUUUCACACAAACCCGGUUGGAAGAGUGCUCAAUCGAUUCUCAAAAGACCAGGACCUGGUGGAUGAAGAGCUGCCCAUCACGGUGAGCGACAUCGUGGCCAUUACAAUGGAAGCCAUCGGUUCUCUUGUGCUGGUGGCUGCAGCGGUGCCCCCCGUGGCAGUGGUGGAGGGCCUUGUCCUGAUUGGGUUUUGGCGCCUUCGGAAACAUUACAUCAUGACAGCUCGGGAAGCCCAGAGAGAGGUCGCCGUGACAAGUUCUCCCAUAUUUGCCGCGUUCUCAGAAACGCUCAAGGGUCUGUCCACAAUCCGAGCAUAUGGGCUGAAGAACCAAUUCGAGGCCACGUUCAUGGGUCUCAACGACCACAAUGGGUCUUGGUGGUAUACAAAGAUGGCAGCCAAUCGAUGGUUGGGCGUACGACUUGACAUGAGCAGCACACUGGUGCUUGCGGCUGCUGUGUCAUUCACCCUGGCAACCAGAGAAAAGGUCGAUCCCGGACUGCUUGGGCUAGCUCUCACCUAUGUGCUGCAACUGACUGGCAUUCUACAGUACCUCGUCAGUCAAACAGCCACACUUGAAACCGAAAUGACAUCUGUUGAACGGAUGCUGCAUUACACCACACUCGAUCAAGAGCCUCCAAGGGUUGCUGAUGGCGGCGGGCGUCCCCCAACUGGUUGGCUCUCAUCGGGGUCGAUUGCUUACCAGGGCGUCACGGCUUCAUAUCGGCCGGGCCUCGACCCUGUCCUUCGUGACUUGACUUUCAAAAUCCCUGGUGGCUCAUCUGUGGGCAUCGUCGGAAGGACGGGCUCUGGAAAGUCGUCUCUUAUGCUCACGCUCUACAGGUUAAUUGACAUCAACGGAGGGCAAAUCCUGUUCGACGGGGUGGACACCUCAAAACUAGGCAUCGACGCUGUUCGAGACCAGGUGGCCAUCAUCCCGCAGGAUCCGGUACUCUUCAGUGGGUCGCUGCGCUCGAACCUCGAUCCCUGGGACAGAUACACAGACGCACGGGUGUGGGAGGUGUUGUCCACCGUGCGCCUCACCAGCACCGUGCAGUCUGCUGGCGGCCUGUACUCGUCCGUCACGGAGUGCGGCGGAAACUUCAGUGCCGGCCAGAGGCAGCUCAUGUGUUUGGCCAGGGCCCUUUUGAAGGACGCACGCAUCCUAGCACUCGACGAGGCCACCGCGAAUGUGGAUCAGGACACAGAUGCGCUGAUUCAGGCGGCAUUGUCGUCAUGUCGCGGGGGAGCGCAGGGCCGCCGCACGCUCCUCAUUAUAGCCCACCGGGUGGACACCGUCAUAGACUGCGACCACCUCCUGGUCUUGGAUCACGGGCACUUGAUCGAGCAGGGGGCGCCGCGGGAUCUGCUGCAGGAAAACGGCAGCGUUUUCUCCAGGAUGGUCGGCGCCGCGAGGGGGGCAUGGGUCGCCAGCAGCAGCAGGGACACGACUGCAUGA